UGAACUUCCUAGUUUUGGGACUUUGAUGGCAACAGAGUGACGUGGCUCCGGGAGCCAUUGUUCCUGCUUCUUCUCCGGGAGGACCAUGACUUUCAUCCGACUUCUGGUUCCGGUCUGCUGGCUGGUCGCGUCCGUUGUGGGGGAUCCCGGUACCGGCAUCGCGGUGACGAACUCCAGCUCGGGGGGGCUGAACGGCACGCGCAGCGGCGGGAAGAGCUCGCGCGGGUUCGACGGGCUGCUGCGCGUGGACAGCUCCAUGAUGCAGCGGGCCCUGUACGUCCUCAUCGGCAUCACCGUCAUCGGGGUCCUGUACUUCCUGGUCCGGGCCGUGCGGCUCAAGCGUCCGGCCCUCAAGAAGAAGUACGGGCUGCUGUCCAGCUACGAGGACUCGGUGGAGAUGGAGGCCGUGGAGAGCGAGGAGGACGACACGCUGUAUGAGGCCCGCAGCCUGCGCAGGUGAGGCGUCUUCAGCGGACUGAUCAGAGACAUUGAUGAUGGAUUGAUGACCAAGCUGUGAUUGACCUUUAACACCAAAGUUGCUCCACCCGAGCAGGACGUUGUGCUUUUCUUAAGGUGGUAUUGGAGAUAGAAGAAAGGAGUUGGUGAAGAAGCCGCUGUGACGGUUUUGCGGAUGCUUACGAUAAUUGCCUUCUGCUAAUUAUUAUUAUUAUUAUUAUUAUUUUCUUUUCCAUGUCUUUCAUUGGGAGCUUGUUCGGCCGCACGUGUGCUUUAACUACUGCAAACUGACUCCAGACCAGCUGCACAGAGACUCCUCAUGAUGAUGUCAUCCAGUACCAACCAGCUGAUGUCAUCCAGUACCAACCGGGUUGAGGGGAAAGACGCAGCUCUUUGUUUCUUCUUCUCUCCUUUUGGACGUUUCAGUCUCAUUUCUACAUGGAGGAGGAGGAGCAGGAGAAAGAAGAAGAUGAGGAGGAGGAAGGGAGCAGGAAGAAGAAGAGUAGCAGGAGGAGUCACUUUGACACAAACAGCUGUGUUGACUCUGCAGACCAACUUCCUGUUGACUGAUUUGUGAUUCUGAUGAUCAAUGAAAUCACAAGAGGUCCGAAAAAUCUAAAAUAUCAAAACACGUCAACAGUGUAACAAACAAACAAACAUGAUGUCAACACAUGUCAACAAACAUGUUGACACACAUGUCAACAAACAUGAUGUCAACACAGACGGCUCAAUAUAAACUGCAGUAUUUUCAAAAUAAAACUAGAAAACGAAA